AUGAAUUACUGUUGGUGUAAAGUCAGUUACUGUUGGUGUGAAGUCAGUUACUGUUGGUGUAAAGUCAGUUACUGUUGGUGUGAAGUCAGUUACUGUUGGUGUGAAGACAGUUACUGUUGGUGUGAAGACAGUUACUGUUGGUGUGAAGUCAGUUACUGUUGGUGUGAAGUCAGUUACUGUUGGUGUGAAGAGAGUUACUGUUGGUGUGAAGUCAGUUACUGUUGGUGUGAAGUCAGUUACUGUUGGUGUGAAGAGAGUUACUGUUGGUGUGAAGUCAGUUACUGUUGGUGUGAAGUCAGUUACUGUUGGUGUGAAGUCAGUUACUGUUGGUGUGAAGACAGUUACUGUUGGUGUGAAGACAGUUACUGUUGGUGUGAAGACAGUUACUGUUGGUGUGAAGACAGUUACUGUUGGUGUGAAGUCAGUUACUGUUGGUGUGAAGACAGUUACUGUUGGUGUGAAGUCAGUUACUGUUGGUGUGAAGACAGAUACUGUUGGUGUGAAGUCAGUUACUGUUGGUGUGAAGACAGAUACUGUUGGUGUGAAGACAGUUACUGUUGGUGUGAAGUCAGUUACUGUUGGUGUGAAGACAGUUACUGUUGGUGUGAAGUCAGUUACUGUUGGUGUGAAGACAGAUACUGUUGGUGUGAAGACAGUUACUGUUGGUGUGAAGUCAGUUACUGUUGGUGUGAAGACAGUUACUGUUGGUGUGAAGUCAGUUACUGUUGGUGUGAAGACAGUUACUGUUGGUGUGAAGUCAGUUACUGUUGUGAGCUUUGUGUCCUGUUCGCAGACAUCCAUGAGGAGGGCGGUCCGCGGCCCGUCAUGGUGUACGUGCAUGGAGCCUCCUACACUGACGGCACAGGCAACAUGAUGGACGGGAGUGUGCUGGCCAGCUACGGCAACGUCAUCGUGGUCACACUCAACUACCGCCUCGGAGUGCUGGCCGAGUUUAGCCGCUAA